AUUGGUCACACAGAAACCACAUCCUGCUCUCUGCACUCACAUCCCUACGAUGGUUGACCUGAGACGUACAGCUGCUCUGGAACGAUUACGGGCUGUGUCCAAAUCUAUGGUCAACGUGACCAAGAAAGCCGCACCAUUACAGAAGACCGUUGACAUCGCGACGCUGCCUACCGUCUCUCUGCCAGAUCCUCCGUCCAUCUACCCCAAACUACUAAAUCUUCUAUCAAACGAUACACUGGCGCACUCGAUGGCCUCUAUGUACGAGGAAAAGGCCAAAGAGAUACGCACACGAACGGAGCUGUCAGUGCAGCGCCAAUGCUCUAAACUGGCGGCGUCUCCAAGAAACUCCCACAUCACACCCCUGCCACUUCUUCUCGAAAACAUUGUCUCUCUUGCCCAGCGGGAGUAUGCCAGAAGCUUGGUAUCACUAGAAAAUCGUGCCUUGCGGGUGGUCGCAAACCGCAAGAUAACACCUUGCGGUGAUGCCGGGUCCACUGCAUCGAGCUCUCAGCCUGUAGCUUCAUCUUCACGGCACAACUCUGUAUCGUCCUCACGAUCCACGAGCUCAAGCUCGAGCAGCUCGGGUGUGCGGUCGCGGCAAAGUACGCCGAGCCGGUCGCGAUCGGGGACACCCACGAGCGAACGCGCGGCGUUCAAAACGGAAUAUGCGCCGUUCCUGCAGCGGUACUUCACAUACAACGCGUACCCGUGCGGUGCGGACCGGAGUGCGAUGGCGGAGGAGAGUGGGAUGACGGCGUCGCAGAUCAACGUGUGGUUCCAGAACCACCGCGCGCGGCUGCGGCGGGACGCGAAGGCGCGGGGGGAGGCGGCGCCGGUGCUGCGGCGGGUGGAGACGUGGGAGCGCGCGCCGCUGGAGCUGUGUCUGGCGGGGAUGGGGAGUGUGGCGGCGGCGCGGCCGACGAUGCGGCAGGUGGUGGACGACUCGAGCGAAGGGUGGGACGGGCGCUCGGACGGGGAUAGCGAGGACCCGGAGCCUGUACGGGAUGAAAUCAUGGCGGAGAAGCGGACACGGAAUGUGCUGGAUGCCGUAGACCCCCCGCCGCACGCGUUUCCCGCGCGCAACACGCUCGCAUCACCUACGGCGAUCCGGGCCACGACGGCGUUUGCCUUUGAGUGUCCGUGGCCGCGGACAGCGGCACCAUCAGCGCCAUCGCCGCCGCGGCGUGCGCCGCUGAGCAUGGGGGAGCUGGCGGGCCGGUUUGCGGGACUGACGACGCACGAUGCGGCGAAGACGGCAGGGGACGGGUACGCGGACGGGGAAAGGCGGUUCCGGAACGCGACGUACUGUGUGCAGCCGGUGUCACGUGCGCUGCGCACGCCGUGGGGACUGUCUUGCCCGUCAUCACUUCCACUACUACCAUCACGACCACCUGCGACGGGCCGGUCGAGGCUGCGGGUGUCGGCGGCGUUCGCACGGCAGGCACCAGCGUCGUUCCCGCGCCCUGCGUCGCCUGUGGAGUCGUUCUCGGAGAUGGAGUCGGAGGCGGAGUCGGGCGGGCCGAGCACGCCUGUGGAUGCGUUCCCGGUGCUCGAUCUUGCGGGUGUGGUUGUGGCGGGGGAUGAUGACCCGCUGGAGUGUCUGUUUGACGAGACGGCGGGGGCGUGGUGAUGUGUGAUGUGUGGGUGUCUAUGAUUAUGGUUAAUGAUAAUAUGUUAUCUCUCUCGCUCUCUGCUGUAUUGUAUGUAUAUACGUGUGUGUGUAUGAUUUCUGCUGGCACAUUCAAAGAGAUGAACAUAAGAACGGAAUGCAG